AUGGCGCUGAAGCAGGGUUUAUUCGGGGCGCGAUUCCGUAGGACCCGAGGUGGUGGAUCUCGAUUGUCUGUCGCACUUAUCGUUCUAUUCACAGUUCUCGUUCCGUUUUUUUUCUUUGUCCGUCGGGGACGGCAUUUGAUUUCUGCGAUUGAUAGAAAUGAGAUUCCAAGUGGUUCUGGUAGACAGAAUAUGGAUUGGAGAGAAAGGCUGGCAUUGCAACAUGUGAAAUCUUUACUCCCAAAAGAGGUUCUUGAUGUUAUUGCCGCCAACACUCCUGAUAUGGGGCCGUUGAGUCUUGAUUCUUUUAGAAAAAGUAAUUUGUCAUCAUUGUGGAAAAUUAUUGGUUCAGAGACAGCUCCUGAAAUUUAUGCCACCUAUGAGCCAAACCAAAAAUCUGCGAACAUCAAGCAAGUGGCAGCUAAAGGCCGUGGCAGCAAUCUCUCUGAUGACCAUCCGCAAUUCAUUGAUACACCCGCAAAGCAAGCUCGAAGGAACUUGAGAGAGAAACGACUUGAAAAGCGUGUAGCUGAGGUGGAGCAACGCGAUGAGGAAGCAAUUGUGAAGCUUGAAAAUGCGGACAUUGAACACUCCAAAUAUGUUGAUACGGCAUAUUUAGGGAAGUACAAUGCUUGGAGGAAAGAGAAUGAGAAUGAUAAUUCCGAUUCAACUGUACGUAUGAUGCGAGAUCAAAUUAUAAUGGCACAGGUAUACCUAAGUAUCGCAAAGGAGAAGAACAAACUCGACUUGCACCAAGAACUACAGAUUCAGCUCAAAGCCAGUCAUCGUUCCCUUGGGGAGGCAACAACUGAUGCUGAUCUACAUCACAGUGCAGCUGAGAAUAUCAAAUCUAUGGGCCAAGUUCUGUCAAAGGCAAGAGAGCAAUUGUACGAUUGCAAGAUGGUCACUGGGAAGCUCAGAGCAAUGCUACAAACAGCUGAUGAGCAAGUUAGAAGCUUGAAGAAACAGAGCACAAUCUUGAGUCAGUUAGCUGCCAAAACGCUUCCAAACGGAAUCCAUUGCUUAUCUUUGCGCUUAACCAUAGAUUACUAUCUGCUUCCUCCUGAGAAGAGAGUGUUCCCUAAAACUGAGAAUCUGGAAAAGCCUAAUCUUUACCAUUAUGCACUCUUCUCUGAUAAUGUCUUGGCCGCUUCUGUUGUUGUCAACUCAACAAUCACGAAUGCCAAGGACCCUUCCAAGCACGUUUUCCAUCUUGUGACUGAUAAACUGAACUUUGGAGCAAUGAAAAUGUGGUUUCUGUUGAACCCACCUGGAAAAGCUACCAUUCAUGUUGAAAAUGUUGAUGACUUUAAGUGGCUUAACUCCUCGUACUGCCCAGUUCUGAAGCAGCUUGAGUCUGCUGCAAUGAAAGAAUACUAUUAUCAUCACACGUUGGCCGUUACAACUGGUUCUGGAAAUCUGAAGUAUCGAAACCCAAAGUAUCUGUCAAUGCUUAACCACUUAAGGUUCUAUCUUCCGGAGGUCUAUCCCAAGCUGGAUAAGAUAUUGUUUCUUGAUGACGAUAUUGUUGUACAGAAAGACUUGACCCGGCUGUGGUCUGUGAAUCUCCAUGGGAAAGUGAAUGGCGCAGUGGAAACAUGUGGUGAAAGCUUUCAUAGAUUUGAUAAGUACCUAAACUUCUCAAACCCUCUUAUUGCUAGAAAUUUUGAUCCAAAUGCAUGUGGAUGGGCAUAUGGAAUGAAUAUUUUUGAUCUUAAGGAGUGGAAAAUGAAGAAUAUUACUGGUAUAUAUCAUAUGUGGCAAAGCGAGAAUGAAGAUAGAGUCCUUUGGAAGCUAGGAACGCUGCCUCCAGGGCUGAUUACAUUUUAUCGUCUGACACAUCCACUUGAGAAGUCAUGGCAUGUGCUUGGUUUGGGCUACAAUCCAAGCAUUGAUAGGUCAGAGAUUGAAAAGGCAGCAGUUAUCCACUACAAUGGCAACAUGAAACCAUGGCUUGAAUUAGCAAUGACAAAAUAUCGGUCCUACUGGACCAAGUACAUCAAUUAUGAUCAUCCUUACCUUCGCAACUGCAACCUAAAUGAAUGAACUUGAUGAACACCACUGACGAUACACCGAAUGUUCUAUGUUUCAGCCUCUUCACCCCUCUCCAACCCAAUUGGAAGUUAUACCAUAGAUGAUUCGUUGCACAGAUGGGAUGAGGUAAAAGAACUAAUCUGAUGCUUUUGACUUCCUGCAUCCACAUUGUUUAUUUUUCUCUGUAAUUCAUUAACAUAGCCCCACCAUUGCGUAUCUAUGUCAGCAUUGUUAACAUGUAACAAUGCCCUACAAUUUUCCCCUUCAUUAUUGGUAGAAUUACAGGCAAUAUAUGAACGUGAAUUUUCCGUAUUCUUUGAGCAAGGGCUCGAGUGCUUUGAAUAACUUAAUUUGCUAGGCGGUGUUAUUCUGUGAACUAAGAGCAUCAACUUUUAUCUUUCAACAAAUAUUUAGGUUCAAGGAUGACUGUUAAUUGAAUGUGUAACUUUAUUGUUCUUAGAGAAAUAUAUUGUACUCUUAUUUUUCAAGUAUUCUUGCAAUCCAUUCAAGUGUGCUCUUACUUAGUCUGAA